AGCACAUGUAGCUGUCCUUAUGCUAGUUCUAAAUUAGCAGGCAUACAACCUAGUAGCAGGACAAAAAUCUCUCUGGACUUGAGCUAAGCCACUAGCAGAUUUUGCAGCACCAUAAGCUCCGCUGGAGACAGAUGCUUCGAAUUGGGAUAUUCUUGCUAUUUCUUCUCUGCACAGCCAGAGGCUCUGAAGUUUGCUAUGACAGAGUGGGAUGUUUCACAGAUGAUAUACCAUGGUCUGGAACUGCAGAGAGACCAAUUUAUAGAUUACCCUGGAGCCCAGAACAGAUAGGUACCCAGUUCUUCCUUUACACAAAAGAAAACAGUAAUAACUAUCAGGAGAUAUCUGCAGUUAACUCCGCAACAAUUGGGAGCUCAAACUUCAAAACAAGCAGGAAGACAAGAUUUGUUGUUCAUGGAUUUAUAGAUGAAGGAGAAGAAGGCUGGCCCGCAGAUCUGUGCAAGAGGAUACUUACAGUGGAAGAUGUGAACUGUAUUGCUAUAAGCUGGAAAAAAGGUGCAAGAUGUCAGUACUCUCAGGCAUCGAACAACGUCCGUGUUGUAGGCGCUGAAAUUGCAUAUUUUGUCAACGUGCUCAUAGAUCAAUAUUCAUACUCUGCAGCCAAUGUCCACAUCAUUGGUCACAGCCUUGGUGCACACGUGGCAGGAGAGGCUGGCAAGAGAAGGCCAGGGAUUGGAAGAAUAACUGGUAAGGGAGGGAUUUGAGUCCCAGCUCAUACU